AUGACAAAAACAGCCCUCCUUAAAUUACUUUUGGCCAUAGUGAUCACGUUCAUUUUAAUUUUGCCAGAAUAUUUCAAGACGCCAAAAGGAAACAUGUUGGAACUAUCAUGUCUGGAAGUGUAUUUACAACAGAAUUUCAGCUAUUCAUUCUUCUCUACAAAUGCUUCUUUUGUGACCUUUCUGCAACCAAUAGGAGAAACUCAGACUAUUACGGGAAUCUUUCUAAAUCACUCCAGCUUUCAAAACUUCACCAGGAUUUGCCAAGAUAUCACAAGUGAACUCAAGACGUGCUUCUCAUGUUUGGCUUAUGAGUCCAAAGGAAACACUGAUUUUAUUUUUCAGGAACAAACAUCAAAAGCUCUUAUCAUGAGAGGAUCAAUGCAAGUGAAGUCAAAUGAUUUUCACUCACCUUGUCAACAUUUUAACUUCACUGUAACUCCUAUGGUUGACCACCUGGAGGAAUAUAAUCUUACCUGUAAUCUAAAAACCCACACUAGAAGGUCAGCCACCGAGGAGGAAGAUCCAACAGAGGCAACAUCUGUAAACCGUACUUGUAGAACUAUGGAACACCCACAUAAUUGUAUAAACAUUUCUUUCCAUUUAGAAAUGGAUGCAAAAAAUUCUAUCUGUUCCAUGAAGAUCACUUGGUAUGUUCUAAUUCUAUUAGUCUGUAUAGUUUUGCUCAUCUUCAUUAUCCACAAAAUACUUGAAGGCCACAGAAGAGUGCAGAAGUGGCAGAGUCAUAAAUACAAACCUACAUCUGUCCUCUUACGAGAAAGUGAUUCUGAGAAACUACGAACAUUGAAUGUGCGGGUUAUUUCAGCAGAGACCACCAAGAGGCCGCCGACGACUCUGGUCAAGGACGUGCUUCCUCCAAUACCAGAACUAGAAGUUACUUCCACGGGGCAUCAGCAAGAUCAAUAUACACGACUAUCCUUCUGA